AGGUGAGAGUGAUGGGGAAUGCGGACUCUCCAGAUGUGCGUGUUAACUACGCCCACGCGCAAGGACGUGGGCACGCUGUGGUCAUUGAAGGAAAGCUGAGUAGAAGAGUGGAAUAUGGCGACCUCAAACAAUCCGCGCAAAUUCAGCGAGAAAAUCGCUUUACACAACCAGAAGCAAGCGGAAGAAACAGCGGCAUUCGAAGAGGUGAUGAAAGACCUGAGUAUUACCAGGGCAGCAAGGUUACAGUUGCAGAAAACACAGUAUUUGCAGCUUGGACAGAAUCGAGGGCAAUACUAUGGAGGAUCGUUGCCAAACGUGAACCAGAUUGGAAACACCACCGUUGAUCUGCCAUUUCAGACGGCAUUCCCAGGUUCAGGAUUGGAUACAAGCCGGACUAACAGACACCAUGGCCUUGUAGACCGGGUUUACCGAGACAGGAACCGAAUUACCUCCCCACACCAUAGACCCCUCUCAGUUGACAAACAUGGCAGACAGAUCGGAAGCUGCCCUUAUAGUGCUGUUUACCUGUCACCCCCACCAGACACCAGCUGGAGAAGGACGAACUCAGACUCGGCUCUGCACCAAAGCACUUUGAGCCCUGCUUCACAAGACAAGUUUGCCGGAGGAUCACAAGACUUACAGCCAAAACAAGUGCUCCUUCUGACCGUGCCAGGGACAGAAAUGACAGAAGAUGAUAUGGAGAACGAUGAACAGAACAAUAUAUGGGAUAGCAAAAAGAAUGUUUCCUCGAGGCCGAAGCACUGCAAAGUCCCUGGGAUCAACAUAUUUCCAUCUCCAGACCAAGAGAUUAACAACUCUCUCAUCCCUGCCACACACAACACUGGUGGUUCAUUGCCUGACCUGACAAACAUCCAGUUUCCCUCUCCCCUGCCCACUCCCCUGGACCCCGAAGACUCGGCGUCUGGCCUCAGUGCCUCCAGCAGCACGGGCAAUCUCACCCUGGGCUCCCACACCUCCACCAACCCAGGCGUCACCUCCUCGCAGCCCAUGACGGUGAAUGUCCAGGGGCAGCGGGAGGGCGUGGUCCCCCUCAUCCUGAACACAGACCCCAACCAGCAGCCGGCUCUCCAACAGCUCUCCCCAACACUGUCGCCCACAUUCGUUCAGGCAAUGACAAUAGACGCUGUGAUGCUGGAACAGCACCUGGCCCAGUACACGUUCUUCAACCAGUCGCAGAUACAGCUGGUGAGUGGCCAGCAGCAGCAGCAGCAGCAGCAGCAGCAGCAGAAUGCAGGGCUGACCAGGCUGGUCCAACUACCACCUCUCUCUGUAAACGCCACCCUAACACAGCAAACCUUAGGCCAGACAUCGCCCUCUGGUGGCGUGGACCUCAGUUCAGCUUCCACCCUCCAUCAGUACCGCAGUAGGAUGGGUUCUUCGUCCAAUCAGUCGCCAACCUCCCCCAUCUCCAACCAAGGCUUCUCUCCUGGGGCCUCGCCUCAACACUCCUCCAUCCUGGGAAGUGUCUUUGGCGAUUCCUUCUACGACCAGCAGAUGGCCUCCAGGCAGACAAGCGCUCUCUCUCAGCAGUUGGAGCAGUUCAACAUGAUGGACAGCUCGCUGAGCUCCAGUGGUUUGUACGGACCAGGCUCCACUCUCAGCAGCUCCCAGGCUGCCCUCCUGGGCCUCUCGGGAAGCCACGGCAGCCUGCAGGACUCCCAGCACCUGGGCUACAGCAGCCAUGGCAGCAUUCCCAACAUUAUCCUUACAGGUGACAUCUCCAUGUCUUCAUUGACAGGUGAGGCUCUGUCCAAGGAGCUGGAAAACUCCCUAACGUGCGACGACAGCUUCGACGCAGACUCUCAGUUCCCCUUAGAUGAGCUCAAGAUAGACCCUCUCACGCUGGAUGGCUUGCACAUGCUCAACGACCCAGAUAUGGUGCUCACUGAUCCAGCCACCGAGGAUGCUUUUCGGCUGGACAGGUUGUAGCUAAGUGUGUGCUUUUCGGAUGGGAUUGAAGGGUUGGUCAGGGGUCCAUUUUGCAGGUGUGGGACAGGAAUACAAAAAUCUUCUUGGCUUAGUCAAUUACAGCAGCCUCCUCUGCCCUCCUCCUGUCCCUGAUGAUACGUAGUAAAUGUGCACUGGGAGUCUGUUGUCGCAGAGAUGGUUGGCCUUCGAAAUGGUUGGCUGCAGAGGUAGUAGGGCAGAGCUGUUGGAUUUGAGAUUUUGGUCUUUUGAAUAUUCACACUCCCCUAAAUGAGGUUUGUUUUUUGUGCAUCUUAAAGGUGGAAAAACACUACAUGGUAAUGCCUCAUUUCAGUUUUUUUUUUUUUUUUUGUCACAGAAAAGACCUGUUUCAUAUUAUUACGUUAUAGUGUCUUUUUUUUGGGCUGGUGCUUCGUGUUUCGUUUUGCUCGUUUGCUGACCGUCUAAUGGCAGAAAUGUACGUUUUUUGACAAUGUGUUUUUGUUUUAGCUUUCUACAUUUUUAUACUUGUUUUUUUUAUUAUUUGAAAAUACGACUUAUGUGGCAGCAUCACUGCUUAAGGAGUACUAACCCUUCCCAUGUUUCUGUUUGUGUGCAGGUGUAUUCUUUCAAUAAUCGAAGUAUUCUUUGAUCUGUCGGUACUUGUUGCCGGAAUGUCAUAGUAGAAAGAUCCUUCAUGCUAUGUUGGUAACAGUAUAAUGACUUGGCAUUUCAUUGUUGUAGUCGAUGUAUAUGCUUUAGUGGAAACCUGGCCUCGCUGUGCUGUAGGUGAAACAUUGUAAAGUGUUUGUACGAAGAUCUAAAUACAUGCAUCUGCUCAUUUAGGAAAAUUGUUUCUAAUCGACCGUAUUAACGUUCAAUUUACACAAUGUCUGAUGGGUCAUCGGGGGGGGGGGGGGGGGGGGGGAGGUUGCAACUGUGUUCAUCAUGAAAAUUCUCGUUCCAGUCCACAAACAUGUUUUGUCAAAA